AUGCUAAUAAGUAAUAUGUAUCAAAAGAAAAAUAAAUUUAACAAUCUACGAUAAUAAAAGAAUGAAUCAUAAUUUAUGGCAUCUUUAAUUUGCCAAUGAUUUCUUAAAUAGUUUUUUGUUAAUUCGUUUUUUUUGGUAUCGCUUGUACCCCAUAAGGAAUAUAAUAAUAUUCCUAUUAUUUAGUUCUCUUGUAAUCGUCAUAGUGUGCGGUAUGACUUCUAAAACAGAAAAAGACAAACAAAAGCAAUUGCAGGACAGAUGCCAGACCUUAUUGAACCAAAUGCUAAAAGAUGACGAUAACAAAUAUUGUGUGGACUGCGAUUCUAAAGGACCAAGAUGGGCGUCUUGGAAUUUGGGCAUCUUCUUGUGCAUUAGGUGCGCCGGGAUUCAUCGGAAUCUCGGUGUGCACAUCAGCAAAGUACGUUCUGUAAAUUUGGACUCUUGGACACCUGAGCAAGUGGCUAACUUGCAACAAAUGGGAAACAGUCGUGCUCGAGCAGUAUAUGAAGCAAAUCUACCAGAUAAUUUUAGACGUCCACAAACUGAUUCUGCCUUAGAAGCUUUCAUUAGGUCGAAGUAUGAACACAAAAAAUACAUUGCCAAGGAAUGGGUACAACCGCCGAUACCCAAAGUUAACUGGGAUAAAGAUUUAGAAGAAGAGGCUGAAAAGUUAAAGAAAAAGAAGCGUGAACCAAAACCCGGGUCAAUUAUACGCAAUGUGCCUUCUAUUGUAGCGAAUCCACUGCCUAAACCGGCUUCGUUAAGUCCAAAAUUAGCAUCAGUAAAAAAACCAAUAUCAUCAGAUUUAAAUAAUUCUACCGAUCUUCUUGGCUUAGAUACACCGACAAAAGAUUCAAAUCCAACACUUAUAGAUACUUCAUUCACAUCGACUGGAUCUGAUUCGACAGAUCCAUUUAGCAGUUUUCUAAGUGCGUCUGUGUCAUCCACCACAACGGCAUCUCCACCUGUACAACAAUCUGCGGAUUUAGCAGUUAAACGUUCAACGGAGGAAGAUAAUUUCUUCAACCAACCAACAGCAACUACUAAUAAAAACAAGCUUACAACAGACUCUAUUUUAGCGCUUUAUGGGAAAUCACAACCGAGCAGUAUGGCUGCUAGCCAAUUUAAAAGUCAAAGUAACGGUUUUGUUCCUCAACCACAACCAUUUCCCAACGCUUUCAACAACAAUAGCUUUCAGAACAUGCAAUCAAUGCAGUUAACUAAUAAUAUUGGAGGUGCUGUAAAUUUGCUAUCUAAUAACGCAAUUGAUUUUAAUAAUAUUCCAACAUCUACCAAUGCUAACUUUGCAUCAAAUCCAUUUUACAAUAUGGCCUCCAAAAAUCCUUCGUCUCAAUUUCUUAAUAACGACAACCCUAUAGAUCAAAAUAGCCAAUUUUCUAUGUUUGAACAGUCUAACAACUUUGCUAAUUUGCCGCAACAAAUGAACUUAAUGAACUUGGGACGUCCUGCAACAGUGCCAGCAAACACAAAUGGUUUUACAGAUCUCAACUCUCAACCCCAAAAAGGCCAUACACUUUCACCCAACUUAUGGCAAUGAUUACGUUUACAACAAUAAUAGAAGGCCAUUUACUAAUAUGAUGUGGUUGAAAGAAAGUGUAUUCAUUAUUUAUUACUUAACUUUGGAUUUCAUAAAAAAAUGGUGAUAAAAUUAUUUCGAGAUACACUUCAGAUAAUUGUGUUAAUAAUAUAAUACAUUUUUGUGUGAUUUCCUAUUUUUAAAAUUAUAAUAUAUGCUUUGCCUCUAUACUUACUACCAACGGAACCGUCCUCUUUAUGGCAUUUCGGCAUGUAUAGACAUUUAAACGUUUAAGAAUUAGAGUAAGCUUAAUUCAAUUAUUAUGUUAUUGUAGAGUCCAAAUGUACUUUAAAAUUUGUAUACAUUAUUUUAGUGUCUAUAAUUUCAACUUGUGACUAGCUCAAUACAAGAAGUCAUAACUUGACAAUAACAUCACGUCUUUUUAACUGUAUUAUUCUUAUGUCAUUAUUGUUUUUGGCAAAAUUUCUUUGCAUAUUUAAAAGGCUCUCCAAAUGUCUUAAAACCAUUCCAAAGGUAUUCAAGUACGUUGUCAAAUGUAUUUAUAUUUAUUUUUUUCCUUAGUCAAUACUCGUUUACAGUGAUAAAGUAUUUAAUUAUUGUGCAAUUAUUAUCAACAAAAAAAAAAAAU